CUUCUCUUUCCCAUGUCCUCCCAUUUUGUACAUGUGUUACUUUUUCAGUUUCCACUUUCUCUCUCUAAAGAUUUUCUCUGUGGAGCCUGAAAACUGGUCCUCUGCUUUGCUGGCUUUCAAGCUCUCCAUUGCUGGUUUUUAAUGGGUUUUGUCUGCUGAGAGAUACCCAAAUUUCAGUUGCCCCAAUCAAACCCGGUGAUAGUAAACAACUCCAAGUGCCAUAGUUGCUGCUUUCAAAUUUGGGAAGAAGCAGUUGAUAUAGACAAUCAAAGCUUCUGAAAUUCUCUCUUUGUUUUUUCCGAAAGUUCCCUUUGGCGUGCUCAUGAGAUGUUGAUAUUUUGGUGGGUGGAUUAGAUGAGAUGAGGGAUGUUAUCUGGGUUGAUGAACUUUUUAUGGGCCUGUUUUCGGCCGAGAGGAGAUCAGUAUAUUCACAAUGGCUCGGAUUCUACUGCCCGUCAAGACGGGCUUUUGUGGUACAAGGACUCGGGCCAACAUUUUAAUGGUGAUUUCUCGAUGGCUGUAGUUCAGGCGAAUAAUUUACUCGAGGAUCAAACUCAACUCGAGUCUGGUUGUUUGAGCACGAGCGAUUUAGGGCCUUACGGUACUUUUAUCGGGGUUUAUGAUGGACAUGGAGGUCCCGAGACCUCGAGGUUCAUCAACGAUAAUCUCUUCCAACAUCUUAAGACCUUUGAUUUUGAGUGUUUGCAGGGAUUUUUUGCAUUCACAGAAAGUGAUUUAUUGUGGCACCAGUACUUCACGGCCGAGCAUCAAUCUAUGUCAGUAGAAGUCAUCCGAAAGGCAUUUCAAGCAACAGAAAACGGGUUCUUCUCUGUUGUCAGCAGGCAAUGGCCCUUAAAGCCGCAAAUUGCAGCCGUUGGAUCUUGCUGCCUUGCUGGCGUUAUCUGCAGUGGGACCCUUUAUGUGGCCAACUUGGGAGACUCACGAGCUGUCCUUGGGAGGCUCGUCAAGUCAACAGGCGAAGUAAUUGCCCUCCAGCUGUCAGCCGAGCAUAAUGCUAGCUUCGAGUCCGUAAGGCAGGAGCUUCAGUCUUUGCACCCCGACGAUUCGCAGAUUGUGGUUCUAAGGCAUAAUGUGUGGCGAGUCAAGGGGCUUAUACAGAUCUCGAGAUCAAUUGGGGACGUGUAUUUGAAAAAGCCCGAAUACAACAGGGAGCCUCUGUACCAGAAAUUCAGACUUCGCGAGCCUUUCAAAAGACCGAUUUUGAGUGCAGAACCAUCGAUUACCGUGCACCCGAUACUACCUCACGAUCAGUUCAUCAUUUUUGCUUCAGACGGUCUUUGGGAGCAUCUCACUAACCAAGAAGCCGUUGACUUAGUUCAAAACCAUCCACGAAGUGGUAGUGCCCGUAGACUAGUGAAAGCAGCCUUACAAGUGGCGGCCAAGAAGAGGGAAAUGAGGUACUCAGACCUCAAGAAAAUCGAUCGUGGGGUCCGCCGUCAUUUUCACGAUGACAUCACAGUUGUUGUCGUUUUUCUCGACUCGCAUCUCGUUAUCCGAGCCAGCUCAAACCGAUGCCCCAACAUUUCGGUCAAAGGCCCAACCGAACCAAUCUUGACCUGAAAAUCUAUAGUUUUUCAUAAUUCGACCUGUUGUACUUACUGCUUCUUCACAUGUGUGAAUACAGGUAACUUUUUUAUUCUCCCGAGUAUAAAAAGGGGAACCGUGAUUCGUGCCCCCCCUUCGAAUUCUUUUCUAAGAUGUACACUGUAAUAACCUUCUUCUUCUUCUUCUUCUUCUUCUUC